CCCAGAAGCCCAGACGAUUCGGGGCGGACGACAUGGGGACAACGGCGAUCUGGGCUCUGAUCUGCUGGGGGCUCUGGGGGCCCGGCCUGCUCCAGGUCCGAGGGAACGAGGAGCUGCGCCUCUACAACGCCCUCUUCUCCGACUACGACAGCGGCCAGAGGCCCGUCCGGACCCCGGAGGAGACGGUGCCCGUCGCCAUCAAGGUCACCCUCACCAACCUCAUCUCCCUGAACGAGAAGGAGGAGACCCUGACCACCAACGUGUGGAUCGGACUGGACUGGCAGGAUUACAGACUCAACUACAGCAAGGGCGACUACGGGGGCAUCGACACCCUAAGGGUUCCCGCAGAGAAAGUCUGGCUGCCGGAGAUCGUCCUGGAGAACAACAUCGACGGGCAGUUCGGGGUGGCGUACGACGCCAACGUGCUGGUGCUGGAGGGCGGGUACGUGAGUUGGCUGCCCCCCGCCAUCUACCGCAGCGUCUGCGCCGUCCAAGUCGACUUCUUUCCCUUCGACUGGCAGAACUGCUCCCUCGUCUUCCAAUCCCAGACCUACAGCGCCCGCGAGGUGGCGCUGGAAUUUGCCACCGACGCGGACACGGGCCGCUUCAUCGAGAAAAUCGAAAUAGACACGGAAGCCUUCACAGAGAACGGGGAGUGGGCCAUCGAAUACUGCUCCGGGAUGCUCCGCCAUCACACCCACCUGCCCCCCGACACCCCCGGGAACACCGACGUGGUCUACUCGCUCGUGAUCCGCCGGAAGCCACUGUUCUACGUCAUCAACAUCAUCGUGCCCUGCGUCCUCAUCUCCGGCCUGGCGCUCCUGGCCUACUUCCUGCCUGCACAGGCGGGAGGUCAGAAGUGCACCGUGUCCAUCUCCGUGCUCCUGGCCCAGACCGUGUUCCUCUUCCUCAUCGCCCAAAACAUCCCGGAGACGUCGCUGGCUGUGCCUCUGCUGGGCCGGUAUCUCCUCUUCGUCAUGGUAGUGGCGACCCUCAUCGUCAUGAACUGCGUGGUGGUGCUGAACGUGUCCCUGCGGACACCCGCCACUCACACCCUGUCCCCGCGGCUGCGGCGGGUUCUGCUGGAGCUGCUGCCCCGGCUGCUGGGGUCGGGGCGGCCCCCGGAGCGGCCCGAGGCCGGUCCCCCGCGCCGCGCCUCGUCGCUAGGCCUGCUGGCCCGCGCCGAGGACCUCAUCCUGCGCACGCCGAGGAGCGAGCUGCUCUUUCAGGCCCAGCGGCACCGGCACCGAGGCGCAGACGCCUCCCCCGGCACGCUGGGGCUGAGCCUGGCGGCGGCCGCCCCCGACCUCCGCUACUGCGUGGACGCCAUCAACUACGUCGCCCGGAGCACAAGGGAGCAGGAGGAGUGCGGGGAGGAGAUGGCCAUGUGGGCCCAGGUGGGCAAGGCCAUAGACAACAUCUGCUUCUGGGCAGCCUUGCUGCUCUUCAGCCUGGGCACCGGCAUCAUCUUCUUUGGCGGCCACUUCAACCGGGUCCCCGACCUGCCCUUCCCACCCUGCAUUGGCUAACCGUGCUCCCCUCCCCACCCUCAACCGCCUGUCCCAGGGGGUCCAGCUCAGCCCGAGCUCCCCCUCCCCAGCCUCAGCUCUUCCCCACACUGUUUUUCUCCUGCCCUGCCAGAGAGGCGUUCAGGCCUCUUGGAAUAAACCCAAGAGUUUCCCACAGG